AUGGAGCCGAGCACAGGGGCGCCCCUGCCUGCGCACUCAGGGGCGCGCUCCCCGGGCUGGGCGCGGAGCUGGCGCUCGUGCGCACAGGUGAGCUGCCCGCCCCGCCCCGUCCCCGGGCCACCUGCCUGGGAAACUUGUGGUUGGUUGUUGCCCUCGGGUGGAACACGGAAUCGGGCCCUGGAAGGUAUGUCGGGGACUCGCGAGCCCCGGGCCCGGCCGAGAGAGCGGGACCAGGACCGGCGCCCCCACCCAGACCGAGAUCGCCACCCCGAGCGACAGCGGGACAGACGCCGGGACCCGCGCAGGGAGAGAAACAGGGACGAGAGGAGGGACAGGAACUCUCGAGAGGACCGAGACAGGGAGAGGGACCGAGACAGGGAGAGGGACCGAGGCCCCCGCGAGGACAGACGCAGGGACCGAGGCCACCGCACAGGUGAACAACGAGCUUGGGAAGAGUCCCUCCAAAGCCGGACGCGGGACGCUCCCGGGGGCCGGACCUGGGACACAGCCCCACCCCCCUGGCCCGCGCCUGGGGCCACCCCGGAGCUGCCGCCCCUGCGGAAGGAGGGUCUAGGGCGCAGCCACCCCGAAAGUGAAUUCCCUUCAGGGAGAUAUCUGUCCCCAUACCCCGAGGACGUGGAAUAUUACCAGUCAGAGGCAGAAGGACUCCUGGAAUGCCAUAAAUGCAGAUACCUGUGCACUGGGAGAGGAGUGGUGCAGAUAGUGGAGGUGAUACUGAACGGGAUGGUUCUCAUGUGCAUCGUGGCCUCCUACUUUGUCCUUGCGGGAUUCAGCGCCAGCUUCACCAGUGGCAGCGGCUUUGGGAACAACUAUUACUCUCCAUUCGAGGGCACUGAGCUGGAACAGGUCCGGCAGCUGGACCAGCAGUACACAGUCCUCCGGGCACCCCUGAUAUACAGCGGCGUGGCUGUGUCUCUGGGGCUGGGGGUCCUCACCAUGGGCGUCUUACUACAAGGAGCCAAGAAACUAACAAAACUGUCAGGGAGGUGGCUCCUCACAGAGGCCGCCUUCAGCCUCCUGGCUGCGGUGGGCUAUUGUGUGGGCAUCGGCGUUUACCUGCACAAAGCCCUUCAGAUCAACUCCACCGACACCUGCAAAACAAGGGAGAGGCUCUAUGCCCGCAAGGGUCUCACCUGGAUGAACUGCCAGCUGGCGGGCACUGACGGGGCAGCAGCCACCUUUGCUUGUCUUCUGGUGAUUAUGUACGGUGCCAGCGUGGUGCUGGCCCUGCGGAGCUACCGACAGUACGAUACCACACCUGAGCGGCAGCUCCUCCCAGUGACUGGGGCCAUCGAUGACUAA